AUGGCUGUAGAGAAGGAUACCGAAGUCUUUUGCUUGCUUUCACAGCUACCAACCGAUCAACCAAUAAAUCACUGACAAUGGUGCACUGGACCGAUAAAGAGCGUCAGGCCAUCGCUUCAACCUGGGCCAAAGUCAACGUGGAGGAGGUUGGCCACCAGGCCCUGGCCAGGAUGCUGGUAGUGUACCCCUGGACCCAGAGGUACUUCAGCACAUUCGGCAACGUCUCCAACGCCACCGCCAUUGCUGGUAACCCCAAGAUCCGCGCUCACGGCAAGACGGUGCUCGUGGCUCUCGGUGAGGCUAUCAAGAGCUUGGACAACGUGAAAGCAACUUACACCAAGCUGAGCGAGCUCCACUCCGAGAAGCUCCACGUUGACCCCGAGAACUUCAGGCUCCUGGGCGAAUCGCUAAUCAUCAGCCUGGCUGCCCAGUUUGGAGAUGCCUUCACCCCUGACAUUCAAGCUGCGUGGCAGAAGCUGCUGGCUGUAGUCACCGCCGCCCUCAGCAAACAAUACUACUGAGCGCCCUCUAUCGGAGGACCCCUGUUCAAACGACCCGCGCCGGCACUUUGAAUCUUGCUCGACAGCACCGACUAGUGUUUUCUUUUAAUUAUUACAUCAUCAUUGUAUCUGUCAGUUAAUAGCCUUUAAAAAAAUAAAGUCGACCAAUAAUGACUUGUACAUACAAUAUAAUUAGAGGGUGUUGUCAGAUCAUCUUUUAAGUGCUGUGUUGGUGCUUCAAUAAAAUAAAAACCGU